AAGCACACCAUGCGGUUGAUGGAGUGAUGGUUCAUCCUUCUGACGGCGAAGCGUGGAAACGCUUUAACAGUGUUCAUCCUCACUUUUCAGCUGAAUCAAGGAAUGUGCGUCUUGGGUUGUGUACAGACGGAUUCAACCUAUUUGGGUCAUUUGCUGCUCCUUAUUCUUGUUGGCCGGUCAUACUCACAGUUUAUAACUUGCCACCGGGAAUGUGUAUGAGGUCGGAGUUCAUGUUUUUAUCUACCGUCAUACCCGGUGCAAGAAGCCCGUUGCGGAAUAUAGAUGUUUGUCUUCGACCGUUGAUUGAUGAGUUGGCGCAGUUGUGGUCCUCCGGAGCUCUGACUUAUGAUAUAUCGAGGAAACAAAAUUUCCUUAUGAGGGCGGCUUUGAUGUGGACUAUCAAUGAUUUUCCAGCUUAUGGAAUGCUUUCUGGUUGGAGCACGCAUGGGAAACUCGCAUGUCCAUACUACAUGGAAAACAACAAGGCAUUCACGCUAGCAAAUGGAGGUAAAGCUUCUUUUUUUGACUGUCACCGUCACUUCUUGCCACUUCAUCACAGGUACAGAAAGAAUAGAAAAGAUUUCUUUGUUGGCAGAGUUGAAAAAGAUGUUGCAUCCCCGCGUCUUUCUGGUGAAGAAUUGCAUGAUGUUGUCUCAGAGUACGGUGACAUUGUGUUUGGGCCUUCAAUCAGGUAAGCAAAAGUUUCGUGGUUUUGGUUUGACCCAUAAUUGGGUAAAGCCAAGUAUCUUUUUGAGCUUCCUUAUUGGAAGACCAAUCUGCUCCGCCAUAACCUUGACGUCAUGCACAUCGAAAAGAACAUGUUUGAGAACAUUUUCAACACCGUCAUGGAUGUGAAGGGGAAGACAAAGGACAACAUCAAGGCUAGAUUGGAUAUAGCUUUAUACUGUAACCGUAAAAAUAUGGAGUUGGUUUAUAAUGAGUCACGGGUCGCAAAACCAAGAGCAAGCUUCAUGUUAGAGAAAAACGGACAACUGCUAGUCUACAAAUGGCUUAAAAGUCUGUGUUUUCCGGAUGGACAUACAUCGAACAUAUCAAGGCUGGUUAAUAUAGAGGACUGCAGAUUGUAUGGAAUGAAGAGUCAUGACUGCCACGUGUUUAUGCAAACACUCAUCCCAUUAGCUUUUCGUGAUUUGUUGCCAAAGGGAAUAUGGGAUGCACUCACGGAGAUCAGUCAUUUCUUCAGAGAUAUAUGCUCCAGCAAGUUGAAUGUUGAUCACAUUGAGAGGAUUCAAACGAAUAUCGUCGAGACACUAUGCAAACUUGAGAUGAUAUUCCCUCCAUCAUUUUUUGACUCAAUGGAGCAUCUCCCUAUACAUCUACCGUUCGAGGCAAAAGCUGGAGGACCGGUCCAAUAUAGAUGGAUGUACCCAUUCGAACGGUACUUGUUUAAUCUCAAGAAAAAGGUUAAGAACAAGGCGCAUGUUGAGGCUUCGAUAUGUGAGGCCUAUAUUGUUGAGGAGAUCUCAACAUUUAUCUCGUACUAUUUCGAACCUCAUCUGAGAAUGAGAAUCAAUCGCGUUCCACGACAUGAUGAUGGCGGUGAAGUGCCUUCCAGUGGGAACUUGUCAAUAUUCUCCAAUACUGGACGACCCACACCUAAAAAUGCCGUAAGAGGAAGAUAUUUGUCGGAAAUAGAGUUCAAACAAGCACACAAUUAUGUUCUAUUUAACUGUGAUGAGCUGAGACCUUUUAUUCAGUAACAUCGUCAAUAUUUGUUAUCCAAUAACUCACAGCUGACCGAAUCCCAGAUCUUUCAAUUACAAGAUGAGUAGUUUGCCACGUGGUUUAGAACACAUGUUUAUCAAAUGGGAAGGAGUGCACCUAAGUCAUUGUCUUCACUAAGCCUGGUGCCUGAAAGAAAAUGUAAGUGCUACAACGGGUAUUUUGUCAAUGGAUAUGUUUUCCAUACUGAAGAAUACGGGCAAGGAAGAAAGACAUACAACAGCGGUGUUUGUGUUAAGGGAUCCACUAGUAGUGAGUUAGAAGUUGACUACUAUGGUAGAUUAGAAGAGAUCGUCGAACUGCAAUAUCAUAACGAGCAGAAUAUAGUGUUUUUAUUCAAAUGCUAUUGGUAUGACAUGACUGACAGAGGAAUCAGAGUUGAUCCGCACUAUGGUUUGGUCGAAAUCAACUCAAAAGCUAGACUCCGCAACAUAAACGAUGUCUUUGUUUUCGCAAAGCAAGGUCAACAAAUUUAUUACACAUACACCCCUUCAUUUAGAAAGGAUCGAUCAAGAGUGGAUUGGUUGUCCAUUUUAAAAAUGAAACCCCGGGGUCGUGUCGAGGUUGUUCAGGAUGAGAACGAAGACACAAGUAUGCGAGAUGAAGUCUUUCAAGUUAGUGAGGUGGUUGAACCAUAUCGAGUUGCUCCUUCGAUUGAAUUGGAAGAAAAUUCAAAUUUUCGUGUUUUCGUUGAUAGUCUUGUUGAUGUUAACGCAGAGGAGUUGAAUUUUGUUUUGGGCUCUAGCGGACAAGCAAAUGUCGAUGAAGAAGAUGAUAUUCAUAUUGAAGAUUGCGAUGAAGGUGAUGACAAUUCAAUUGAUGACGAAAAAGAAGAAAAUUCUGACUAACUACCAAAAUGAAGCCCUAUGUAAAACCCUUUUUUUUUUCAUGUAAUUUAGAUUAUGGAUGAUAUAUUUUGAAACACAAAAUAUUUAUUACUUGAAAUAAUUAGUUGAAAUGCCACAAUUACGAAAUAAUUACUUGAAAUGCCACCACAUCACCGACGGCCACACCGACGGACGUAAGUCCGUCGGCAUUUCACAGAGAGUUCGAAAACAAUUACUGGUAAUGCCACCAAAUCACCGACGGCCACACCGACGGACUUAAGUCCAUCGGCAUUUCACAGAGAGUUCGAAAACAAUUACUGGUAAUGCCACCAAAUCACCGACGGACUUAAGUCCGUUGGCAUUUCACAGAGAGUUCGAAAAUAAUUACUGGUAAUGCCACCACGUCACCGACAGAAACACCGACGAAUUUAUAGUCGUCGAUAAUGUGUCAAUUUUACCGACACAAUUACCGACAGACUACGCGAAUAUCAAAGGGUUGUGCAUUAAAUGCAUCUCUGACCGCUGCAUUAAAACUGGCUUUUAACCUACCCCGACCGCCUUUUCAGUUCAUUUUCUCUUCUCCUCAGUUUUCACCAUUCUUUUCCUCUCCGUUCUUCACUCCGUUCUUCACUCCGAUCUCAAGCUUUUUUUAUCGUGAAUCUCCAUC